UUGAUACGGCCGCGGAUGACUCGGCUCAGAGCUGCUGGUGCUGCUGCUAUUGUCCUCGUUGUUCGUUGACCAUGGAGGGGGCUUUUAUCUAUGGAACUACCAUCAACGACGAGGAGGUUGUGAAGGACUUCCGAGCCUUUGUGACCACGCACAAGGUCGACAAGAAUGAGGAGGAUGCGACCUACAUGAAGCAGCUCAGGAAGGUUUGGGAGCAGCAGGAGGAUAAGGCGAAGGGCAUCAAGUUCUCUGUGGAAGGAGUGCAUGUUCACCAGUUCUCUCCCACGCUCUAUGACCACCUGGUCAGCUAUCCAACUGAGGUAGUGCCGAUCUUCGACCGAGAGCUUUGGAGCCUCUCCACGAAGGAGCUGGACGUGGAGCCGGAGGAGCUGGGCACGUGCCAGGUGCAGAUCUUCAACCUGCUGGACAAGGACUGCAGGAUCAUGCGCUGCAUGAACCCCACCGACAUCGAGCGGCUCAUCAUGGUAAAGGGCAUCGUCAUCCGAUGCUCGGACCUCACUCCGGACAUGAACGCCGCCAUCUUCCGCUGCACCACGGAGGAUUGCAAGAACGAGGUGAAAAUCGUCCUGAACCACUGGACCAUUGAAGAGCCCACCAAGUGCGAGAUGUGCGGCGCAAGCCAUUCCUUCCAAAUCAUCCACAACGACUGCGGCUUCACCGACCGCCAAGUCUUGAAGUUGCAGGAAACUCCGGAACUCGUCCCCGACGGCGAGACGCCGCAGAACGUGGCCAUCGUGGUCUUCGACGACUUGGUGAACCAGGUGCGGCCGGGGGACCGGGUGCAGGUGACGGGCAUCUACCGCGCAGCACCAGUGCAGCAAGUGAGGAACUGGCGAAUGCGCAGCUCAGUCUACAGGACCUAUCUGGAUGCCAUCGCCUUGGAGUACUCCAAGGCGCAACGAGUGGAGGCCGCGCCGAAUAUGGACAACUACGGGCUGACCCAAGCUUCGCAGCUGCCGAAGCUCUCGGACGAACGUGAUUUAGACCCCAUGACCUUCUCAGAGGACGAGAUCAAUUGGAACAAGCGGAUGCGCGAGCUGGGCCAGGAAACGGACGCGGAGGGCAACCGCACCAUCAUCCGCAAGCUGAUCCAAUCCUUUGCGCCCUCCAUCUUUGAAGAGGAUGAGGUUAAGAAGGGCCUCCUGUGCCAACUCUUCGGUGGCACGCCGAAGCCCAUCUCCUCCAAGGGCAGAUGUCGACCAGAGAUCAACACGCUGCUCUGCGGUGAUCCGUCGACAGCCAAGUCACAGCUUUUGCAGUACUCCUACAAGCUGGCACCAAGAGGUAUCUACACUUCCGGCAAAGGCAGCAGCGCGGUGGGGCUGACGGCCUCCAUCAACAAAGAUCCGGUGACAAAGGAGCUGGUCCUAGAGAGCGGUGCGCUGGUGCUGUCUGACCGAGGGCUUUGCUGCAUCGACGAGUUCGACAAGAUGGACGAGAAUGCUCGGGCAAUCCUCCAUGAAGUCAUGGAGCAGCAGACUGUGAGUGUCGCGAAGUCCGGCAUCGUCUGCUCCCUGAACGCGCGCACGGCCAUCCUGGCGUCCGCCAACCCCACGGACUCGGUGUACAACCCCAAGCUGUCCGUGGUAGAGAACAUCAAGCUGCCGAAGAAUUUGAUGACGCGCUUUGACCUGAUCUGGCUCAUGCUGGACAAGCGCAACAGAGACACGGACCACAGGCUUGCCAUGCACCUGCUCUCCAUGUACUCCGAGGGAGGCCAAGCGGCGAGAGUGGAUCCCGAGGUGGAUGCUGAAGCCUUCCGCCGCUACGUGACCUUUGCUAGGCAGUGGGUCUUCCCCACGCUGUCCGACGAGGCCGCUGCCACGCUUGAGAGCAGCUACAUGGACCUCCGAAAUCAGGGCUCUCGGGAAGUGAUCACCGCCACGCCGCGAAUCCUGGAGUCGCUGAUCCGUCUCUCCGAGUCCCUGGCCAAGAUGGAGCUCAGGGAGACGGUCCGCGCAGCAGACGUGCACGAGGCUGUGCGUCUGCUGAAGGCAGCGACAUAUGCGGCAGCAGUGGACCCUGAGACAGGCCUGAUCGACUGGGAGCAGCUGAUUGUCGGAGUCAGCGCUGGCAAGCGCAAGCGCAUGAAGGACCUGGAGACCUUGCUCCAGGAGCUCAUGGCCGAGCGGGGGGAGGCCAUGCGCGAGGAUGCGGUGAAGGCCGCUCUCAACGAGAAGUUGGGCGAGAGAAAGGAGCAGCUGCUGAACGACGCAGAGUUCUCCUCGGCCCUGCGGGCGGCUGAGCAGGCGGGAGUCCUGCGAAGACACAUGAAGAUGAUCGAGCCAGCAGGCCCGCUGGCUUCAUAGAUCGUGGCCGAGUAUAUGUUUUUUUCUCGUGAGUUGCUUUGUGAGGCAGUCGCAAGUUUCCAAGACUGUCUUUGAGGGGAGUGAUUGCUCGCUGCGAUGCUGUUGCUCAAUGGUUCGACA